AUGACACAAACCGACACUUCCACAAACGAAGACAUGGAUGCUGAUGAUUACCACAACGAACGGGAUCAGGUCGUCGGAGAAACUCCGAAAGGCGUGCCAAACAACCUAAGGGCACAAAUCCACAGAGGCGAUACGAAAAAAGUAUACAAUACCAGUGAUGAAAUUGAAAGUGAUGAUGUUGACAGAACAGUUUUAUCUGAUGCCAAAACGGUGCCAGGAACUAGCGUAUUGAGUACUGAGACGCCAAGCAAGGCCAAAGACUUGACUGGCAACCUAGCCACUCCCAGUUUGAAUAGAGUGAAGGCCUUUUUUCGCAACAAAAAUAUAGCGGGACACAAAACCAGCGAUCCAUUAGUUGCACAGCAGCUUCUACUUGAAACUUCGCCGUUGGAUACGCCACAAUCUCAACGGAUAAAACCUGAUUUUGGAACGAGAAAAAUUUCACCCACGUCUCUUAUCCGUAAUAUGCGUGAAAAUCAAGCUCCAGAUUUGAGUAGAAACACGAGUGGGUUUUUGGAAUUGAAUGAAGACGUAGAAGAUCGAAAUGAUACCUUCGACCAUAGUAAUACGCACGAACAAAUUUCUGGCAACUUAAAUACGCUUGGAAAACGAGCUAGUGUAGUGAGCCUACAGAGCUCACCAAAGACAACACCCCAAGACACUAGUGAUAUAGUACCAACUUCAGGACCGUAUGGAGACUUGACUAUUCAAUCCAGACAAGACAAAAGACUGCUAUUUUCGCAAGCUAUACCGGCUGGAACGAUCGAAGGCUCAUUUCCAAAUACGGACAAUCAUCAUCAGACAGCUGAGAUCACGACACAACCCAUAGAUACAACUGAUGAAAAGCUGUCUGGGUUUGAUAAAUUUGACGGUUCUGCUACUCAGAUUGACAACACGUUCAUUCCUUCUGCUUUGCCACCCGAAGAAGGAACCAUCCUCAGCGACCACAAUUCUCCUUUUGUCACGAAAUCCACGCUACAACAGAAUACUUUUUUGAAGUCCCCUAUAGAUAAUAGCACACCAAGCCGCUUAAUACCUUCCCCAAAAAAUGACACAUUGCCCUUGUCUAGUAUCAAAACCUCGAACGUGCAUGAGGAACACGACCCCGAUGACCAAGACAAGACUCCCUCCAAAUCGGAUAACAGCAGAUCCCGAAAACAAUUAUACGAUACUGGCACAAAUCUUGCUCCUGAUACAGCAUCAGAGUUAGAUGAAAGUGAAAGGCGAAUACGACUUCGAUUUUCCAACGGAUAUGAACAAAACAAGGACUGUGAGAUUUUUGAAAGUGAGAAAGUAGACGAUAAUGUUAUUUAUAGCGAUGUUGAGAAAACGCAGGAUUUACCCGAGGUCGAAGAUGUCAUCAAUCGCGAAUUGAUGGAAGAUAUUAAUCCUGAGCUGGACACAGUACAAGGGAGCAGGUUUUCUUCCCAGCGGUUUGAUACCCAAGAAAUCGUUUCUUCCCGAAAAGCUUUCGACCAGGCUUCUUCUGAAGCGUCUCAGGAGGUGGUGAAAAACCGAAGACUAUUGAAAAAAAAACGCUUGGGAGCGCGGAAGCUUGAUGACACAGUAGAACAGUCGGCACCAAAGAAAGCGGGGCUCGAGAUUUCACCAAAACGGUUGAAGACUGGAUCUGCUUCUCAAAGCUCCAAACUUGGUUCCAAUGCAGUCAAUGAAGUCGUGACCAGAACUUCAACCGACUCGCGUCAUCUUUAUGAUGACACGGUCAUGCAGGAGAGUACCGCGGGUCUUCGGGAACCUGCGACGGAGGUGCUUUUCCCAUUGCUGGAUAGUAUAAGAAAUAGUGACAGCAAUCUUCUCACUCGAAAGGAUAUACGAUUUCAGGAUGCGGUAUGGUGUUACUAUGAUUUCAAUUGCAUGUAUUACCCUGGAAAAGUUUAUGAAACUGACCCGAAAUUGACAGACACCGAAGUGUUAUUCGAAUCUGGAAUUUCCGAGGUUAAGCGGGAUGAUUUGCAUUAUCUCGAUGUGACGGUAGGUGAAACAGUAUUGUGGGAGGGGAAGCCCUACGAAAUUACUGCUUUAGAAUGCCGAUCAGAAAAUGUACAAAAGGUUAUAAGGUGUGUUCGAGGUUACGACACUGUUCACUUGAAAAGAAAAAAUAAGAAUGGUGAGUUAGGUAAGAGAACAUUGGUUAGAUCUCUUUCUUUGGUAACUUUGACUGUCGAGCUUUGGGCCAAGAGGCCAAAAAUCAUUUUGUCUGGAGAUACCCAAAAUCGUGAAGAGGCGUUUGAGGAUCUACGCUAUCCCAAAAGGGGUCGUAAGUACACCACUGUGGUAACACCACUAACCCCUUCCAAUGCUCUUGCCGAAAACGUCAGCGGGCGUGAAUCGUCAAGCAUUCACUAUGCGCCGCAUUCAACCAACCAGAACAGCAAGGCCGAGUUAAAUGCAAAUGCAGUAAGCCCGCACUCGAUCAGCUCAGAAAGUGGGGGUGUUUUCCGCGGUUGUCUUUUCGUUUUGAGUGGCUUGAGUGAUCAAAAAAGAAGCCACUUAUCGUCGAUCAUCGAGCAAGAAAAGGGUAUAGUAUUAAAAAUGAGUUUUUCCCACAUCAUUGAUUUUACCAACAAGGUGCAUGGUUUAUCAGGUACAAUAGAUUUUGCGUCAAUAAAGUUUGCGGGCUUGGUUACGGAAAAACACUCUAGGAGCCUAAAAUAUUUGGAAACCCUCGCUCUCGGUUGGCCGCUGUUGCAUUAUAGUUUCAUUGAACAUUGUCUGAAGCUUGGAAAGACGGACUGGCUUAGUUUAUUUCAGUUUCUUUUACCGGCUGGCGAAAGUUUUCGUCUGCGCAGCUCAUCUGGCUCGAAGACAGGCAUAGUCAAGUCAGCUAACAUCUUCAAUUUCUACUCAAGUCUUUUGCAAGACUUAUCGCUAAAGGAACAAAUCAUUUCCAGACCUUUAAGGAUGAAUAGCUAUCACGUCCUGGUUUACGGAUCCUCAGACCUGGAUGAAUUUGUGAAGUUUGCGUUUCAAGCACUUGGUGCCGCUUCAUUAAAGUUCUGCGACACCACAGAGGAUAUUGCGAGCUUUCUAAAAAGAGAUGAUGAGUGGAGUGAUUUCGAAGUCUCUGCCCCGGCUUCUGUCAAGGACAAUUUGAGAAUCAUGCCCAGAGAUUGUAAGGCAUUGUUGUUUAUUAAUUUUGGAGGUGAAAAAGAUCAUGCUUCAGCGCUUCUUGGUAAAUGCGUGAAGCAAAAUUCCACUGGUCCCAAUAUAUACAUAGAAGGGAAGGAAUGGUUAAUACAGACCAUAAUCAAUGACAGUACGGGGCAUGAUGACGUUUAG